AUGGCUUUCGCACUGGGCUGGCUCUUCCUGAUCACCCUGGCCAUAGGAUCAUCUCUGGCCCUGUGGGCAGCUCCGCAGACUGAUGUUACCACCGGUGGACUUAACCCUCAGCCGCCACCGAUUGCUACUUUGGCUCCACCGCCCACGUUGUCUCAGGAUCUGGACGAAAUCCAGCGGUUGAUUCAGUUCAAGCCCAUAAAUCAGCUAAUAGUGCGUUACCUGAUCAACGAUCCCCAGUUUCAGGCAUUCGUGAGGAUCAUCAAUAGCAAUUCGGCAUUCACGGCCCGCUGGCGUCUGCGUUCCCAGCCGGAGAUCAUCCUGUUCCAGCAGUGGGUCGACCAGCAGCUCUUGGCUUCGGGCGGCGCCUUCGAGAUGGAGGAACAGAAGCUGAAAGUGACCCUAUUGAACCAGUUCCCCUAUUGGUCUGGUACUGUUUUCGGCUGGCAAGGAUUCCUCACCGAGGCGCAGCUAUACUUCCCGCUGUACGCCAUCCGAGCUCACAUCGAUGCCAAGGUGCUGCAGCAGGGCAUCUUUGCCCAGUUCUGGACCCGAGUUCAGGGCCUCCAAGUGGUCUACGAACGUUGGUUGGCAUCGGUGGAGACUUCCCAGGUUGUAGGUGAACUUCAAAUGGCUGGCAUCGACACAGUUCAGUUGGAUGGCAUCAUUCGCGAGCUCUUCGGCUGGAAUAUGGUGAAUGCAACCACAACUGUUGCGCCUGCAACACCCGUGGGUCCCACUAUCAUUCCGGGAGCAGUGCUCCCUCCGGUUAACGCUGGUCCUGUAAUUGUCUAGGUAACUAAAAUCAAUCAGUGAUGGGAAUCAUUUUACCUAGGAGGGGGAUUAUACGUUAUACGAAAUAAAAAUAUGGCUGCAGGCCUCGAUUUGUUAAUUAAGACAUACUAGAAA